AAGCGAGUCAAUUUAUCUAUUGAACAAAAGAUCGAGAUUCUUGAGAAGCUGGACAGAGGUAUUUCUAAUACAGCUAUUGCUUCUGAAUAUAGCAUUGGAAAAUCCACAGUAACUGAUAUACAGAAAUCUAGGAGCAAAAUUACUCAGUUUGCCGUUGAAGCUAAAGACAAUGGAUUGUUAUUUUAGUAACCCUUGAAUUCGUUCUUACACUCUCACAGUUACUGUAGUUCACGUACUUAUCCUUUUUGAUAGCCAUACAGUGUACUCCUGUUUUCACAAGUUAUGUAAUCAUCGAUAUUACAAACUUCAGACUUAUGAACAUUUCACAAUUACGAACACCCAAUUUCCCGAGGUGUUCGUAUCUUUGAGGUCCUACUGUACCUCACUUUGACGUCACGAAAGCCAUGACGUCCUCCCCUGACCAUAGGCGUGAGAAUCAUGCGUGGAAUGAGGAAGAGCAGCUUCCAUGCUAGCUCGUCACCGGGAUUGUCAUGGAUCUUUCGAAGGGCCACAGCACAACAGUCGUGAAAGAGUGCUCGUGCAGCAGGCUUGAUAGUUUGUACAACCCGUGGGGGAAUGGCCUUGAGAAUGGCAUCCGAGGGCAGAUCCCGGAUAAUGUUCCAGGCUGCAGUCUCUAGGUCAGCAUGGGCAUCCUGUAGGGACACGCGCUGAGGUGGAUUAUGACAAGCGGAAUCUCCAGAGAAUGAAUCCGGCACUGUAAGAGACGGCGGCAACUCAGAAAGGGUCUUCCGGACGUUCCUUCCAGGAGGUGACGAUGCGCCGAGUGUAGUAUGGCCCUGACUUGACCGUUGACCAUCAGAAACGGAUUUCCGAGAACGGCAUUGAGAAGUGUGUUGAUUCAACUUCAAGUACCAUCUUUUGCAGAAUGAGCACUGAAGAAGAUUCAGGCGAGCGAUGAAAUCCCCUGGGAGGAGAUUCGGGUCGUGAGCGUCGCGGAUAUGACACAGAACUCUCUUCAGUGUGUCCGAAACAUGACAAGACUCGUAUGGACAUUUCUCGGCAGAAGACAUUGCCAGAGAACGGACAAGCAAGGCGAAAACAACAAGGCUUCAAGUCUUGGAUUUUGUUUGUCUGUCUGUCUGUCUGUCUGUCUGUCUGUUUGUCAUUCUGUGUCUGUCUAUUUGUCUAUCUGUCUGUAUGUUUGCCUAUCUGUUUGUGUGUUUGUUUGUCUAUCUGUUUGUGUGUUUCUUUGUCUAUCUUCUGUCUGUCUGUUUUUGUCUGUUUUUGUUGUCUGGCUGUGCUCAUAUGAUGUUCGUUUCUUUGUAGGUAAACAAUGUGAUGUGUCUUCUUGGUCAACGUUCUUUCUAUCAGCGUCGUACAACCGAUCAUUGUUGCUACAAUGGACGAGAGUAGAUACGAUCGGAAAAACGGUUGUACUGCAAUUGUACAAGAGAAGACUAUGAAUGUGACUACGGAUACGUUCUAAGUUCAACGACAGCAGACAAAUGCAUAGAAUCCAAACGCAUCACAACGUACAAUCCAAAGAACCACUGCACCGAAGGCGAGACGAUCAGCAUAACUCAAGGAUAUGGUAAGGUGUGAGGUGAUGUAUGCAGAGGUGGAGAAACGAGUCAAUGGACGACGAAACAAGAGAAAUGUGUUGCAAUGGCUCCUGGCAAGUUGACGUUGGAGUCUGAUAUUGAAGGCAGUGGAGUUGCCAUCGGACGACAAGUACAUUUUACAUUGAGACAAAAAAGGGUUUCUUUCAAGAUAUCAAUUAAGAAUCACUCGUACUCGACAGCUGGUAGCUACAACGUGACGGUGAAUGCCAGCAAUAGUGUUGGGUUGUCAACUGUGCAACUAGUGGUGACAGUCUACGUUAUGUUUGCUAUUAACAACGUCAUAUCAACCUUGAAUAUUAUCCCUCCUCACGCCGUUUUACCAACCGACAACGUCACUUUCAUCUGCCAGCCAACAGGCAACACACUCGCACCAAUACAUUACGAAUGGAAGUUUGGAAACGACGACGCAUCGUUCACACUGACACGAAAUCGCACCAUACAUCACGUGUUCGGAUCGACUGGAAAGUUUCUCAUCUCGGUGACUGCAUACAAUCCCGUGUCGACGAAGUCAUCACAUGUUUACGUUUCAGUCUACAGUGCAGUACAGACGUUGCGUCUCGGUUUGAGUCGUUCCGCUGUGAAGGAAAGAGCUACGCUUGAUGAUUUGGAUAGUCUGAUGGCUGAUAGUUUGGUGACUGCAUAUGAUACGAGUCGAUUUGAAGCAUUUGUGGUCUACCCUCCUGCAUCAGAUCAAGUUGAAGCCGAUUUAUCUGUAGUCGCCAACAACAAGGAUGAAAUCUUGCAGUGGGUAAAAUAUGCUGUGGAUGCACACGAAAUCACUGUGGUGUUGACACCACAAAGUUCACAAAUCGAAGGAAGUUCACUGAUUGAAGCAAUUUCAUCACAAGAAGUGAUUGUAAAUCCUCGUAUCCAACCAUCAUCUGCCAAACAUGUCAAUAGUGUUGGUGGUGAAACCAUUGGCAUCAUCAUCAUCACCAUAUUGGCUGUACUCAUCAUCAUCAUAUCCAUCAUAUUUGGCAUGUGGUACAGACAACGUUACUCAAGACUUGAGAACUCAUACUUUAGAUUGAAUCAAGACAGGAAUGUUCACCUUACAUUAGAUGAAGAUGACAGCGAUGACGACUCUCCUCUUGCACUUGCAAGGAGCCACGAUGAUACGAAAGCAACAAACAAUGAUGAUGAUGAUGAAGACGAUGAUAAACUGCUGAAUGACGUGUAAAUAACUGUUACAUUUACUAGAAAUGCAAUGAGUGUGUCCAUAAGGAUUAUUGUAUGUAUCUGCUGGGUUAGCUGUUUAGAGGUAGAUCUUCUGUAUGUGCUCA